GAAAGAGAGAGAGAGAGAGCGUGUGUGUGAGAGAGAGAGAAAGAGAGAGAGAGAGCGUGUGUGUGUGUGUGUGUGUGUGUGUGUGUGUGUGUGUGUGAGUGAGGCGCAGCAGCAGCUCGUGUUUUAUCACUGCAGUGUUUUCACAUUAACGCUCACAGAUUCUCUCAACCUCCAAACAAAAAGCUUCAUGAUGCCUUCAGCACCUGCUGUCUGCUUCUUCCUCCUGUCCUGCUUCCUGACAUCCGGAUAUGCAAGAAUCAUGGGGUCUCACCCUCCACCCCUGAAAACCUCCAACCUUUCAACAACCAAAAACAUGUGCUCUGACUGUGCCAAGAUCAUAGAGCUUUUUUCAGAUAUGCUCUCCCAACCAGGAACAGAAGACCUGAUCCUCGGGAGUCUUAAAGAGAUUUGUAACCGUCUCCCCAGCGGCCGGGCUCUUAACGACUGUUUGAAUUUCGUGGAAAAGUAUCUGCCGAUAGUGAUAGAAGGAUUCGUUAAAUUAACCGCACAUAAGGAGGGGGAGAUAUGCAUGGUGCUUGGACUGUGUGUUGAUCAGCGAGAACACCAAGCUCCAGAGUUACUUGGUGUUAAUUUGCAGAAAGCUGGCUUCCUCCAAGUGCAACCUUCAACAGGAACCAGUCAUGAGUUACAAAUCAGCCCUCAGUGCACCUUCUGCCUGUUCUUCAUCAGAAAACUUGAGGACUUGUUGCCGAAAGAGAGAACGGAAGAGAGCGUGGUGAAGCUGAUGGAGAGAAUUUGCGAGUACUUGCCCGAACACUAUAAAGAGAAGUGCAACGAUAUGGUGGAAAAGUACGGCAAGCAGAUCAUUGACUUCCUGCUCAGUUCUGCUACGCCGCACACGAUAUGCACACUGCUGCACAUGUGUUUUGGCCAGGACACACCAGUUAUAGUGCCAUCAGCCUGUAAAACCUGUAAGAACCUGAUGAUCCUGACUCAGACUCACCUGGGCCAGAAUGCUAGCGAGACUCAGAUGACGUCUGUGCUGUGGAAGACGUGCCAGCGUCACCCAAACACUCUUCCAGGGUGUGAGCCGUUCAUCCAGAGUCACUUUACGGCCCUAUUGAACAUUCUGAGCAAACGGGACGAAGCUGUGAACGCGUGCCAGAAGUUCUUCUGUGUGGGACACAAAUAAAAUGAUCGACCUUCAAGCAAAGAACCAGUGUUUUUAAAAUAUAAAACUUAAACUGAAGUGAAUGCCUUCUUUCUUUCAUACACAAUGAGAACAAUCAUGUAACUAAACUUUUACUUGUAAAAUUGUCUUUUAUCUGUAAAUGUAUACAAGCCUGCACUGAUGUGUUUUUUUUUAAUAAACCCUGAUUACAUAAUCGAAA